GAAUCCCUUUAAAAAUGUCUCCAGUACAUUGAACAGAAUCAGUCUUCAAAAUGAACGUUGCAGUUGCUCUGGUUCUCCUGCUGUCCGUUGGUAUUGGUGCUAUACCCAAUGGGGAACUAGAUCCUCAUCUUAAAAACUGCACAACAAGGCAAGAAGCGAUUAGAGAGCUAGCUGGUAUUAGUGACAGCAAUGAUGAAUUUAAGUGUUAUUUCCAUUGCAUUUUGGAAUUGGGCAAUUUCAUUGCCAAUGGCAAGAUCGUCCCCUCUCAGUUAUCGUUGGAUGGAAUAGAUAGGUCGAAAUGCCUGGAACUUAAGGAUGACAACAAAUGUGAACUCGGCUACAAGCUCAUGAAAUGCUUUCAAGAUUACAUUUAAGGGGCUGCAGCCCCUUAUCCGUAAUUGUUUGGCAGUUUUGCUUGCAACCGAAAACUGCAUUUAAAUCAUGACACAAAACUAAAAUUCUAUACGACUAAUAAUAACUUUUUAUAAAAAAAAUGUUUGUCGCUUUCGAAAUUGAAGGUAGUCUUAAGCUUUAACCUGACCUAAAAUUUUAAUAAAUUUUAAUAAACAUG